AUGCUCCGCAACCUCCGCCCCCUCAUGGCCAGGGCGCCCGCCGCCCGCUCGGCGACGGCUGCUGUCCGCCCUCUCGCGGCGCGCGGCCUCGCGAGCGAGGCCUCGAGCACCACCACCACCACCACCACCACCACCUCGACGGGCAAGAGCCCCGUCCACGCCUUCUCGGUCGAGGAGCUGCACGGACUCAACGCCGAGCAGAUCCUCCAGGAGACGCAGGGCCGCAAGGACGCUUCGAUGCGUCACUUCACCGUCAACUUCGGUCCCCAGCACCCCGCUGCCCACGGUGUGCUCCGUCUCAUCCUCGAGCUUAACGGCGAGGAGAUCCUCCGCUCCGACCCCCACAUCGGCCUCCUCCACCGCGGUACCGAGAAGCUCAUCGAGUACAAGAACUACACCCAGGCGCUCCCCUACUUUGACCGUCUCGACUACGUCUCGAUGAUGACCAACGAGCUCUGCUACACCCUCGCUGUUGAGAAGCUGCUCAACAUUGACGUUCCCGAGCGUGCCAAGUGGGUCCGCACCCUCUUCGGCGAGAUCACCCGUAUCCUCAACCACCUCAUGGCCGUCCUCACCCACGCCAUGGACGUUGGUGCGCUGACCCCCUUCCUGUGGGGUUUCGAGGAGCGUGAGAAGCUCAUGGAGUUCUACGAGCGUGUCUCUGGUGCGCGUAUGCACACUGCCUGGGUCCGCCCCGGUGGUGUCGCGUCCGACCUCCCCCACGGCCUGCUCGACGACAUCUUCAAGUGGGCGACCCAGUUCUCGAGCCGCAUCGACGAGAUUGAGGAGGUCGUCACGGGCAACCGUAUCUGGAAGAACCGUACCAUUGGCGUUGGAGUUGUCACUGCCCAGGAGGCCCUCGAGAACUCGUUCUCGGGCGUCAUGCUCCGUGGUUCGGGUAUCCCAUGGGACCUGCGCAAGGUUUCGCCCUACGACGCGUACGACCGCGUCGAGUUUGACAUCCCCGUCGGUGUCAACGGCGACUGCUACGACCGUUACCUCUGCCGUGUCCAGGAGAUGCGCGAGUCGCUCCGCAUCAUUGGCCAGUGCUUGAACAAGAUGCCCACUGGCGCCAUCAAGAUUGACGACCACAAGAUUGUGCCUCCCCCCCGUGCGACCAUGAAGGAGUCGAUGGAGGCGCUCAUCCACCACUUCAAGCUCUUCUCCGAGGGCUACUCUGUCCCUCCCGGAGAGACGUACUCGGCGAUCGAGGCCCCCAAGGGCGAGAUGGCCGUCUUCCUCGUGUCGGACGGCACUAACAGGCCGUACAAGUGCAAGAUUCGCGCACCAGGAUUUGCCCACCUUGCCGGUGCCGACUUUAUGAUGCGCCACCACUUCCUCCCAGACGCUGUUGCCAUUAUCGGUACCAUGGACUUGGUGUUCGGUGAGGUUGACAGGUAAUGUAGGUUAGACAAUGCAUCGGAUCAAGCAGGACGAA